AAUAUUAAUCCUGAUUUAGAUGAUGCAAUCGAUCGAUCAAUUGAGUGGAAAUAAUAAAUCAAUAUUUAACACAUAGACAGACACACACAUCAUACACACGAAGACAAUUUGUCAAAAAUAUAUUCUUGAAAUGCAUUGAAAAAAACAUUGAUUCUUUCAGAUGUUUUACACAUGAAUGUUUAAAAAAAAUGUCAUAUCGAAAACGAAGACAAAGUAUUUAUCUACAGGGUAGAAAUUCAAUUUCAAGAACUAAUUCUUAUGAUGGAACAACAACAACAACGGGAACGGCUACAAUUUCAUCAGGACCAACAACAGCAGGUGCAUUAUCAACGACAGGUACAACAUUACGUAUUAAUAGCCAUAAAGCAUCAUUAUUGAUAGAUAAUUUUACUGGUCUUCCUUGUCCGGAUCUAAAGACGAUGAAAUAUUAUAAAGGUUAUGAAUGGGUUACAUUUAAACCAGUUGAAAUAUCACCACCAGCAUUAACGCCUGGAACACCAAAUAAAGAUUUUGAUAUGGAUGAACAAUCAACAGAUGAUAAAAUGAUGCCAAUUGUUAAUGAUGAUGAUACAAAAGAUAAAGAACUUUCAACAACACCUGAAAUGAUUGAUUAUCGAAUAACAAGAUUAAGCAAAGAUUGGAUUGAAAAAGUUGGUAUCGAUAGAAUUGGACAACAAGAAAUUCGUGAUUGUCUUCGACAACAUGUUAAACAAAAACUUUGUCAUGGUAGUAAAGCAGCAAAAGAAAUGUCAAUCAUUGAUAUUCAUCAUUCAAUGAUUGUACGUUAUUCAUUGGAAUCUGUUUGUGAACGACGACAAUUAUGUUGGACAUUUGAACCAUUUGUUGAUCAUGAUGAUGAUGAUGAUGAUAUUUACAAUGGAGAAAAUCCAAUAGUGCCUUAUACAUCACAUUCACAUCAACCAGUUGAUGAUCCAUGGAAGAUACCUGUACCACAAGUACGUAAUUUAGAAGUGAUGAUUGAACAAAUGACACCAUCACCAUUACCACCCGUAACACCAUCAACACCAUUACCACCAAUCAAAGAAUCAGAUGAUGAUAAUAUUGAUGAAAUUGAAUCGAUUACUGUUGAAAUUGAAAAACCACGUACAGUAACAUUUCAAACAACAAUAAUCGAUAAUAAACAUCAUCCGUUAAGUCAAGAUAUUUUGACCAGUAAUAAAGAAGAACAAGCAAUUCGAAGAAAAUUUCAAGAGAAAAUAUUUCAAGAUCAAUGUAUGGAAGUAACUGUACCAGGUACAGUAUCAAUACAUUCUUGUCAUAUUUGUGCAGGUGUUGGUCGAAAAAGAUGUAUAGCCUGUGUUGGUUCUGGAUCGACAAAAUGUGAUAUUUGUGAAGGAGUCGGUUUUUAUGGUAUCGAUCAUAAUAAACCAGCUUUUACACGAACAUUUUCAGCCAAUAGUGAUAAUAAUGAUUAUUGUUGGCGUUGUCGUGGUCGUGGACGAUUAAGAUGUGAUGGUUGUUCAGGUGUUGGUAUGACUGCUUGUAUUGGUUGUGCUGGUUCCGGUCAGAUUAAAUGUUAUAUUAAAAUGAUUGUUACAUUGACAAAUCAUCAUAAUACAGUUAUAACAAGAGAUAAAUAUUCAUGUGAAAUUCCAUUCGAUCAGAUUAAAUUGACUGAUGGUGAUUUAGUGUUAGAUGAAGAUGGUUUAGAUCUACAUCCAUCAUCAUUAUCAUUAUUUCAUAAUGAUCUCAUCAAUGAACAAAGUGAACGUUUAAUUCGUUUACAUCGUCGUAAAUAUCUUGGAAAUAGUCGAUUAAUAUGGCAGAGACAUCGAAUCAAAGUAUUACCCGUAUGUCGUGUACAUAGUUCAUGGCGUGGAAAUCGUUUUCGAUUCUAUGUUUUUGGUCGAAAACAACAACGUCGUUGUUUUACUAUUGAUUAUCCACAACGUUGUUUUUGUAUACCAUGUUGUUGUUUUUGUUGUUGUCAAACUUGUCAAUCACCAUGUCGUAUUGCAUAAGCAAACAAACCAAACAAACGAAAAAAACAUUUUCAAAAUAAAAUUUUU